UUUUCAACUCUCUGCUUCCUCUUCCGUUGUUCGUGCAGGUCCAGAUCACUCUCAGCACACAUGACUGUGGGGGGUUGUCUCAGCGUGACAUCACUUUGGCCACCUUCAUCGACCAGGCGUCUCUGAUGUGACAUCAGUCAUUUGGAAACUGAACGUCGCAGCUCUUCAUAGAUUCUUUCAAAUGACCUGCAAAAUCCAAAGAAUUAGAACCAGCUACUUUCAGUUCCUCGUGAAUGAUGUAAGUGUUAGACUGCAAGGGAACCAACGUGCUUUUAAAAACAUGCUGUUGUUAGAGUUCUUCAUGGUGAAAAAAAAUAAUUAUUAGCUAAAGAAAAUGCUACAAUAGUGUUUACAAAUUCAGAUCCUGGGAACUGAAGUAAUUUCUCAGCAACCAUUCCAGUUAAAACAGACAACAUUCACAGUGAUACAUGUGUUCUUCUGUCCCAACCAGUGUCUUGUGUGCCAAAUGUUUUUGUAUUGUGUAAAUGAAAUGUCAAACUGUCGUCGUUGUAACUGAAAAAUGACCACGAGAUGAUUUCCUCAUAAGACUGAAUGCAUUUUAUUGAAAACACAACACUGCAGAGCCAUCUGCUGUGGUCGACUGAGAGUGCUGAGCGGGCGUUUGCUGUUUAAACCAUCAGAUGUUUCUUAACUCAAAUCACGUACAUAAGAACGCACCAAACAGAGAAAUGUCUUUAAACAAUGUACAUUCAGAACCUCACAUGUGAUGUAGAGCUCUUCAGUACUCUUAACCCAAAAAACAACAAAUGACCAGAUUGAAAUCAACACCUCUCUUGUGUUCUAAUCAAAAUUAGGAAGGUUGUAUUUAGGCGUAUAAUGUUUUUAAGGUUUGAAGGAGCAGCAGACGUUAAUGAAGCCAAAUCCCUGAUAAAGGUGGAGAGAAAAACUGCUACGACAACAUAAGUACAAACACUUAUUAUUGCUACAUAAUGCCACCGAAGUACAAGACAGCGUGUACACUGUCUGCGAGGGGUGAUCAGUGUGACUUACUGCUUCAAGAGGAAUUUACAAUAAAAGUCUUUAUUCAAAA